AGGGAAACUACGUAUCUCAGUAUAAACAAAACAAGUCUGGAGUAGUUCAUUCCUUACUGUGCUGUAGGGGAAGGAGGAAGAGCGAGGGUAAUGGAGGAGCUGACAUGUUCGGUGUGUUCGGAAAUGUUCGAGGGUGGGUUGAGGGAGCCCGUGGUACUACCUCAGUGCGGCCACACCUUCUGCCGUCCCUGCCUCCUCAACCUGCAGUCCAUGCACAACGUCCUUAGGUGUCCCGCUUGCAGGAGGAAACACAAGGGCGCCUCUGUGGAACACCUUCCCACCAACUUCACCGUCCUUAACCUCGCCGCAGCCCACACACAGUUUCAGCAGGAAAGCGAAGCGUGCCAGAGCCACGGUGAUCCUGUAAGGCUGUGGUGCCGCUCGUGCCAAGAGUCAUUGUGUGGACAGUGCCUCUUCGAGAGGCACAUGGCUGACGCCCACCACGUGAUCAAGAUCCAGGAAGUGGUGCAGGAGAAGAAGCAGACAUUAGAACGACAGACGACUGAGCUGCUGGACAACGUGGAAGAGGAGAGAGCCAGCCUGGCCAGGGAGGUGCACGGUAUCGCCCACCACCUGGCCUGGGUACACACCAGGAGUACUACCCUCACCAAGCAUAUCAAAGACGUACACAGGAUCUUGAAGGGUGUGAGGAAGACAACGCGUAUGGAAGCAGUAUUAACUAAUGAGAAUAGCUUAGAAAGUUUGUCCACCCAGCUGGGGAGAGGGGCCUGUGAUGACGUCAGAGGACACGCUGACGAUGUGCAGGCGGCGACAAACAGACCACCAACACCACUGACGGUUGAUUAUUGUAACACCAGUCAAACUGAUCCCUAUUACGGCACCCCUGGUAGCCACAAUGAGAACAACAAUCGCCACUUAGACACUAACGAUAACCCCAAACGAAGCCUUAAGUUAGUUGACAAGGAAAACAACAUCCGGGCACCAAAGUCGGUCGUAGACGAGGACUGUGAGGUGAGUACAGACGAGGAAGACCGUGGUCAGAGACCUCACAACAGAUGAAACAAGGCUGACACUGACCAAGACCAGGAUGAUAGUCAGGUGUCAGCUACAGAGAGCGGGCCGAGGAUGAGGCCAGGGGGUGAGGCGGCGGUGUGGCCGUUGACUGGUGGUGGUCCUGCAGGAGCCUCGCCCUGGCCACUUAUCGACUGGCAACACUUCUGUUAUCAGUUACCAGUGGUACAACUGCUGGUGCCUCCGGAGAAGCCCGAGGUGUUCCUACAGCUAGGUGUGAGAGACAAGAUUCUUGGCCGAGUUCACAUCCGUCUGUGGGGACACCUGCGCCGCGCCCAGCACUUCCUGGCCUUGUGUCUGGGUACAUUCGGUCCCACCUACAAAGGAUCAAGGUUCUCCAACGUCGCCAGGAAAGGAGAACCUGGGGAGAGUUUAGUCGGCGGCCAGUACAGGACGGAGGACGGCGGUACCAGAUCCCACGGCCUGCUUGAGGGCCUGGAAUGGCGGGGGCAGUACUCUGGCCCAGUGAAGGAGGGGGUGUUAGGGGGAGCCAGUGACGGGGACCCGACUCUCGAGUCCUUCUUUGGGAUCUGUACUCGAGACUAUCCCAAUGGUGAGUAUUACUGUCCCUUUGGGGAGGUGGUGGCCGGGAUUGAAGUGGUACACAGGGCCGUCUCUCAGGACCCAGUGAGUGACGUCACUAUCACUAACAUCACGUGGGGAGACUCAGAUUGUUAACACCACAUCUCUGUUACUCGCGUCCAUCAGUCAACAGAUAAUGCCGUACAGCACAGUGUUCCUAUAGUAAUAACGAGUCGAAACGUUAAUCAAUAAAAUGUAUAAGUUAUCAACACACGACACAAGACACUCUUCACGAAACAUUGUAGAAUCAUCUAAUACCACUCUACCACAACCACUCCUUACCUACAGCGCCAUGUACUAAUCAAAUCCCAGCGUCUACACUCAAGAUACUGGUAUAAAUGUUCUUCUCCCCAAUCUUUCUGAACAAGUGGCUGGAAUCCCGACCAGAGACAUACACAGGUAAAGGAACAGCAGACACUCGAAAUAAAGGAUCACCUGAGGAUUACUCCCCAGUUUAUUUCACCUUAAGAUUAAUCACCCUAACUUAACCUAAUCUAUCAUAACUACUCUAACAAGACAUAAAAAUCUAACCUAACCCUCCUAAGUAAGUUUAAUGUGUUUUAUAAUUAUCAGUUGAAAUAAGCUGGCAGGGCUAAUCUUCAGAUGAUCCCAAACAAAAUACGGGUCGUAAUGUUCCCUUCGGCCUCAUUAAGUGCCGCCAUACCUGCCAGUCGACGCACUGCCUGUUAGCGUGUCAAGUUACUUAAUAUUUUUGUGUCAGUUAAUUUCAUCAAUAUUGUUUUCCUGACUAGCAACACAUCGUUAAUGAGUAUGAUUAUUAACACUGUUUUUUUUUUCAAAGGUGCCUUGUAAUUUUGGUCAUGAUUAUGAAUUAGUCAAUCAAAGUUACUUGUGAAAUUAGUCCUCUUAAAGUUAAUUAUAAAUAUCACUGAAGAAUUCAAUAAAAUAUUUGUACAAUCAGAACAGUGAGCAAAGGAGUAUAUAGAUUAAAGUAGUUCUCUUUUUUUUAGACUCAUAUGUUGAAAGUCAUUCAUUGUACAUGAUGGUUCGUUGCCGUACGACCGACCAUAAGCAAACCACCAUCCUAUGACCUCAAUAACUUACUUGGUUAAUCACAGAGCUUGUCUUUUAUUAAUGUUAUUCAGUUAUCAACCAUCAACACAAACCUUAUGGGAUGUUUACAACGUCCCUUGGUGUCUGUUUUAGGUCGCUUAGGGGGUAGGGAGUCACUCGUCCAAAACGUCGCUCGCUACUCCAUUUCUUCUGCAUAUUGUCUACCAUGACUUGUAGGCGGAACUGUACACACCGAUGUCUUGACCGUGCAACUUCAAGAGAACGUAAACACAAACAUCAAGGGACUUUGUAAACAACCACUAGUACUUUGUUUUCCUGUUGUUGUAGCUUCCAUGUAGCUUAUUUGCUACAGUAUUUUUAAUUUAAUGUAGUCAAUAAAAUUCUAAUAUUAUACUUUUAAUCUAAUGUAAUCCAUACAAUUUAAUAACAUUGGUUGUUGAUCGUCAUAAAUUGAAAAUAUAUACAUGUUUUAAAUUUAUUAGAAGGUUCAAAUAAAACAUGAAUAUUCGAUGUAUUUCAAUGGUACCUUCACCAUCUGGGGUUGAACCAGCUAGCCUGCUCACACCCGCCAGUGCGUCUCCUUCAACCAAACACUGCAGCCAGGGACGGCCA